AUGGGUACCUCUGAAGACACUGCUUAUUACUCUCUCUAUCUUCCUUUUUCAUCUUCAAUACAACCUUCAGAUCAAACAUCGUCUCUUCAAGAAACAAGUGCUUUGAUUUUAUCUGAAUUACAUCAGUUUCUUAAUGGGUAUAUUUGGCAUAAAGAUAAAUUUCAAUUAAGAAUUGUGCAAAAUGAAUCAGAUCCAAGUUUUCCUUUCUUAUAUGGUAAAACAAGGUUUGGUGAUUGUAUUGACGAUGAAUGGUUUAUCGUUUUUUUAUUGAAACACUUAUCGAAGAAGUUUCAAGAUGUUGUUGUGAGUGUCUCUGAUAAUGAUGGUGAAUUUUUGUUAAUCGAAGCUGCUACACAACUACCCUCAUGGCUGAAUCCAAGUAAUAGUGAAAAUAGGGUUUUUAUAUAUCAAGAUCAAUUACAUAUAAUCCCUUUGCCAAAAACUCCUACUGAAAUUGCUCAUAUUCCAACUGGAAAAUUAUCGGUUGAAAAAGCGAUUCAAUUGGUACGCAACGAUGUUGUUGAUACCAAAGCUGACAGUAAGGUGCAACAAGCUGUAUUUUCAAGAACUUUAGAGUAUCCAGAAAAGAUUAAUCAAAAUGUUCAUUAUGCUCGAUGUCACAUUCCAAGAGCUAUAGCUCAUGUCUUGUAUCAUAAUCCUCAACUUGUUGCUCCGGCCGUUGAAGCAUUUUAUACACGAGAUCCUAUUGCAUUAAAAUCAUGUCAAAAAAUGCAAAAAUUUCCUCCAUAUACGUCAAUUACUGUCAGCGUAAAAUUUACAAAAAUUUUAUAUGCUCAACUUGUAAGUCAACGAUUUAAUGCACCAAAACCAUUUAUAAUGCCAUUGAGUACUUCAAAAAAGUAUCCAGCUGCUGAAUUAGGAAUGAAAUUGGCAUGCGGAUUUGAAAUUCUUUGUACUGAUAAAUAUUAUACAGGUUUAUCUCCAUUAGAACAAAUAGAUGAAAUAUUGAAACUACCAAUGGUUUCUGAUGAAGUGUUAAUGUCAAAUAUUAAACAAGAUGAUGAUAGUUGGCUCAAUGUUGAUCCGAAACAAUUAGAUGAAUUACUUAAUGCAACUAAUAAGAGCUACGAAGAGAUUCCAAGCGAGUCUGAUGAUGAACUGAAUCCUAUUGAUUUGACCAAUAUGAUUGAUACAUUUGAAAAGUUUUUUGAUUUUGAAGGUGCAGUUGAUCCAACUGAAUUUUUAAGAAUAAUGAGACAAACUUUGGGCAUUUCUGAGCAAGAGUAUAGGGAAUUGGCAAAUGAAAAGAUAAGGCAGGAAUCUGAUCAGAUUACAAGAGAGCUUAUAGAUCAAUCAAAAUCAAUAUCUUCACAGCAAUUCUUAUCAUCUGACAUCUCUGAAUCAUCAUCACGUGGAAAGAUGAAAGAGUCAAACAACGACAUUGACAUGGAAGCAUACAUGCGGGCACUAGAUGCUGAAUUAUCGUUAUCAAAAAUUUCUGGAUUAUUUAUAAAAACGCCUCAAGAGGCUUUGAAUCAACCACUAUCGGAGGAUAAAAUAAACAAUUAUGAAUAUGAUGAUGAUGAAUUAAGCGAACCCGUUAAUAUUAAUUUAAAUCUUGCUAAAAAUUUGUUAGAAAGUUUUAAAGCACAGGAAGGACUACCUGGACCAGUUGGAAAUAUAUUUGGAAGAAUGGGAAUAG